CAUAGCAAAUCUGAAAUAAAGACGACAUAAUAAACCAAAAACCAAAGGACCCUAUAAUUCGUUGUCCUUUUGUUUUUUUCUUCUUCUUUUCUCUUCUCCAUUGCCUCUUUUCUCUUCUCCAUUGCCUCCUUCUUCCCUUCCAGGUUAUUAUUAUAGUCUGAAAAGGGAAGAGGGUGUUUGUGGCAAUGGAGGAGCCUAGCCAAUUGAAGCGUGCCAUCAUUGAUUCAUCUGCUGGGGCAAUUUCUGGUGGAAUUUCUCGGACAGUGACAUCACCCCUUGAUGUUAUUAAGAUUAGAUUUCAGGUUCAACUGGAACCAACAUCUUCAUGGGCUUUACUUCGCAAAGAUUUGGCCACAACAGUGCCAUCAAAAUAUACCGGUAUGUUUCAAGCCAGCAAAGAUAUUCUUAGAGAAGAAGGCUUGCAGGGAUUUUGGCGGGGGAAUGUACCGGCGUUGCUCAUGGUUAUGCCAUAUACAGCCAUUCAAUUUACAGUUUUGCACAAGUUAAAGACUUUUGCAUCUGGUUCUUCCAAGUCAGAGAAUCACACUAGUUUGAGCCCUUAUCUGUCCUAUGUCAGCGGCGCGGUAGCUGGGUGUGCAGCUACUGUUGGUUCAUAUCCUUUUGAUCUUCUCCGAACAAUAUUAGCUUCUCAAGGCGAGCCAAAGAUAUAUCCAAACAUGAGGUCAGCAUUCGUCGAUAUCGUCCAGACUCGUGGAUUUACAGGCUUGUACGCUGGAUUGUCUCCAACUCUUGUUGAGAUUAUACCUUAUGCAGGACUACAGUUUGGAACCUAUGAUACAUUUAAGCGUUGGGCCUCGGCGUGGAACCAUAGUAGAAAUUUUAACACCACUGCAGAAGAUAGUCCCUCUAGCUUUCAGCUUUUCCUUUGCGGGUUGGCAGCUGGAACAUGCGCAAAACUUGUCUGUCAUCCUCUAGAUGUUGUCAAGAAAAGAUUUCAGAUUGAAGGGCUCCAAAGGCAUCCGAGAUACGGAGCUCGAGUUGAGUAUCGAGCAUACAGCAAUAUGUUUGACGCCGUGCAACGAAUAAUUCAGUCGGAGGGUUGGGCUGGACUAUACAAGGGGAUAAUCCCAUCAACCGUAAAAGCUGCACCUGCUGGUGCUGUCACAUUUGUUGCAUAUGAAUUAGUAUCAGAUUGGCUAGAGUCCUUGACUUGAAUUUUGUCCCAGCUUUUGAUGAUUUUUUAUCAUAUUCUUUUUUUAUAAAAUAGAAAUUGAUUGCUUCAUAGGAUAGGAAAGAAAGCAUGCUAAUUUAUUUAGUGGUAGUUGAUAAGAUUGUGCUUCCUUAAGAAGGAAGACAGUCAAAGAAGAAGGCUAAGAUUUAACAUUAACGCGGAGUUACCUUUUCCUUCUUGGAUUUCAAAUGGCAACUUUGGUUGUUUUUGAUAAUUAGUAUGAUAUUAAAUUUGUGAAUGUAAAUUUUCAAAAUGAUGUAAAGGCCAUGCCUUUCUAAUUGUGGAACAAACUGUGUGUUUAUUCCAACA